CACAAUUCACUCGUCACAAUCCACAGCAGAUCCCUCUGGUUGAGUGCAUUCGCCGGCCACCCACCGCUCUUCACUCCCCUGUCCUCAUUCCUAUAACCUCUUCACCCAAAACAGAAGCAUCCAGCGUCUCCAGCACCAACAGUUUUCAGGCUCAAGAGCUAUGAACUGGGUUCAACGGAAGAUCUACCUCUAUAAUGUCACUUUUGGUCUUUUCAUGUUGGAUUGGUGGGAGCGUUACCUUUUCAAUAUUCUGGUGAUCGUGUUGAUGUGGUUCAUUUUCUACAAUGGAUCGCGAUAUGUCACUGACUUUUGCAAGAGAGGAUUGGUUGGGCCGACGAUAUCUCCUUUAAAAAAUUGGGGAACAUAAUGUUGCUGUCCAGUCAAAAUAUUCAAGCAGGCACUGCACCUAGGGUGAAUCCCGGUAACGUGAACGGAUCACAAGGGAAAAAGCGAUAGUGGCAUGCCCCUGGAUCUAGUCUGAUAUGAAAAUUUCACCUUUAGUGCUCUUCUUGGGCUUGAUUAUGCACCAUCUUUGUAAUGAUUACAAAUCUCGGUCUUCAAUUUUUGCAAGGAUUCAAGAAUGCAUUCUUCUCUACAGUGAUCGUGAAACUUUUCCGAUCAAUUGCAAUUGAUGGAAUUUCGUGUUCAUGUAGCUUCACAAACUGAAUCUUCCUGGCGUUUCUGUUUGGUACUGUGAUACAUAUAUUUUUUAAAAGUAUUUUAUGCUUUAAUACA